AACCGCUUAUUUUAAAAGUACAGUAUUCUCUAAGUUUUGUGGAAAAGCUUAGUCAACCGUAUUCACGUCUCCCCCUCAAUCCCACGCUUGAUCAGACGGUCCCACGUGUGGCACAGGAGCAACUUUUGCUUCGCAUGUGGUUCAACUGUACGCCAUGAAUUUAUACCAAGAAGCACCCUAAAGUGUGGCUAAUUCUCCAAAAUGUUAUUUGCUAAAGAACUGCCAUGGCGGCAACUGGAGGGCAUGUCAUUCGGCAUGUACUCUGCCGAAGAGAUAAGGAAGCUGAGCGUGAAGUUGAUCACUAACGUCAGGUUGCUCGAUGGGGUCGGGAACGUGGCCCUGAACGGCCUGUACGAUCUGGCCCUCGGGCCCGCGGACAGCAAGGAGGUGUGUUCCACCUGUUGCCAGGACUUCAACAACUGUCCAGGACACCUGGGACACGUAGAGCUGCCCCUACCUGUGUACAACCCGCUGUUCUUUGAUAAACUCUACUUGUUUAUCCGUGGUUCCUGUCUCUCGUGUCACAUGUUAACGUGUCCCCGAUCUGCCAUCCACCUGCUGCUGAAUCAGCUGAAGUUAUUGGAACAUGGGUCCAUGCAGGAGGUCUACCAAAUAGAGGGGGUUCUGAACAACCACCUGGAAGAGAAUCCCAAAGCCACUGGAGACGAGAUCGCGAUGGUGCUGAAGCAGUUUACGGACAGGAUAGUUGGAGUGAACACUGAGGGCUCAGAGAGCAGCAAACCGAUCAAACAUCUUGUUGAAAGGAAGAACAGCUUGAUAAACAACUUCUGGAGGAACCAAAUGAAGGGUAGGAGGUGCCCUUACUGCAGAAGCGGCAAGUUUACAGUGCGCCGUGAACACAACAGCAAGCUGAUUGUCACCAUGCCAUCAGGAGUACCGACUACUGCCAAAAGCAAUGCAGACGAUCUGAUGGCUGGAAAGAGAGUGUACCUGACAGCUAGCACAGCUAGAGAACACCUCACGCAGCUGUGGGAGAAAGAAGGUUUCUUCUUAAACUGUCUGUUUGCUGGGCUGGGUGAUAGGACGAUGUCGAGAGAAGGAGGUUUCUAUCCAGACCUCUUCUUCCUGGAGCUACUAGUGGUCCCACCGUCCAGGUAUCGUCCAAUUAAUCGACUGGGUGAACAGAUGUUCACAAACGGUCAGACGAUCAACAUGCAGGCUGUCAUGAAGGACUGUGUGAUCCUAAGGAAACUUCUGGCUUUCAUGGCAGAGGAGAAACCGGUUCAGGAGGAGGAAGAGCAGCCGCAGAAAGAGCAGGAGGCUCCUGAACAGACGGACCAGACGUUUCUGUUAAGUAUCCCCGGACUCACGGUAACGGAUAAACUCUACAACACCUGGGUUCGCCUGCAGACGCACGUCAACGUUGUCUUUGACAGCGACAUGGACAAAAUGAUGAUGGAGAAAUACCCUGGAAUCCGACAGAUCUUGGAGAAGAAGGACGGGUUGUUCCGGAAACACAUGAUGGGAAAACGAGUGGACUACGCCGCACGAUCUGUCAUCUGUCCAGACAUGUACAUCGAGACCAAUGAGAUCGGAAUACCUAUGGUAUUCGCCACAAAGCUGACCUACCCACAGCCCGUCACUCCAUGGAACGUGAAGGAGCUUCGCCAGGCCGUCCUCAACGGACCCAACGUCCACCCUGGUGCGUCCAUGGUGAUAAACGAGGACGGCAAGAGGACCAUCCUAUCAGCCACCAGCUUUACACAAAGAGAAGUCGUUGCCAAGCAACUGCUGACGCCCGUUCCCGGCCCGCACAAGAUGUCGAUGAAGAUCGUAAAUCGCCACAUAAAGAACGGAGAUGUUUUGUUACUCAACAGACAGCCAACUCUGCACAGACCCUCCAUACAAGCUCACUGUGCCCGCAUUUUACCUGGAGAGAAGGUAUUAAGGCUCCACUAUGCCAACUGCAAGGCGUACAAUGCCGACUUUGAUGGAGAUGAAAUGAAUGCGCACUUCCCUCAAAGUGAGCUGGCCAGAGCAGAGGCCUACACGUUAGUCGGCACCGACCAGCAGUACCUCGUCCCCAAGGAUGGUAAACCUCUAGCGGGUUUGAUCCAGGACCACAUGGUGUCUGGUACGAGGAUGACCAUACGAGGUUGUUUCUUCACCCGAGUCCAGUACAUCGAGUUGGUGUACCGAGGACUCACUGACAAACCCGGCCGAGUCGAGCUGCUGCCGCCGGCCAUCCUCAAACCCCAGCAGCUCUGGACAGGAAAGCAGGUCGUGUCGACGCUCCUGCUGAAUGUAAUCCCCCAGAAGGCUGUGCCUCUCAACCUGACUGGUAAAUCGAAAAUCCCCAGCAAAGCAUGGAUCCAAGUCCCACCACGGGCUGCUCCGGGAUACAGCCCUGACAGCAUGUGUGACUCACAGGUGGUGAUCCGUCAGGGCGAGCUGUUGGUGGGGGUUCUGGACAAAGCCCACUACGGCUCCUCUGCCUACGGCCUGGUGCACUGCUGCUACGAGCUGUACGGAGGGCAGACCAGUGGCAAGCUGCUCAGCUGUCUGGCACGUCUCUUCACCGCGUACCUGCAGCUGUACAGAGGCUUUACCCUGGGUGUGGAAGACAUCCUCGUGAAACCAGGCGCCAACAAGCAGAGGAAAGAAAUCAUUCAAGCAUCCCUGCAGAUUGGCAGCAAGGCCCUCCAGCUAGCCUUCAACCUGCCCACUAACGUGGACCGUGGAGACGCCCAGAGCCGCUGGCAGGAUGCCCACCUCAACCCGGACCAGAGUGACUUCAGCAUGGCCGACCACAAGUUCAAAGAGGUGGCCAACCAAGUGAACAACGAAAUCAACAAGGUAUGCAUGCCCGUUGGACUCCACACCUCUUUCCCUGACAACAAUCUCCAACUGAUGGUCCAAUCAGGAGCCAAGGGAUCUACUGUAAACACCAUGCAGAUUUCAUGUCUACUGGGCCAGAUCGAGCUGGAGGGCCGUAGGCCUCCUCUGAUGCCCUCUGGGAAGUCCUUGCCGUGCUUCCAGCCAUAUGACCCCGCCCCCGGUGCUGGGGGCUUUGUUUCUGGAAGGUUUCUCACAGGCAUCAAGCCACAGGAGUUUUUCUUUCACUGUAUGGCCGGCAGAGAGGGACUGGUGGACACGGCUGUAAAAACAUCUAGAUCGGGAUACCUGCAGAGAUGUGUUAUAAAGCAUCUGGAGGGCCUGGUAGUGCAGUACGAUCUGACUGUGAGGGACAGCGAUGGAUCCGUGGUGCAGUUCCUGUAUGGUGAAGACGGCCUGGACAUCCCCAAGACGCCGUUCCUGCAACAAAGGCAGUUCUCUUUCAUAGAGGAAAACUACGAGGUGAUCAAGAGGUCCCAGGGCCUGGACAAGGUUCUGGCAAGUCUGGACCCGAAGGCCGCCCAUCAACACUUUGCCUCCAUCAAGCGCUGGAGAGAAAAGAGAGAGAGGGCGUGUCCGCGCAGAGGAGCGUUCUUGCUGUUUUCCCAGAAGAAGUUGCCCAAACUGAAGCAAACCGAAGAACGAACCAAUGUAGAUGUCUACUGCAGAAAUAAUGCUGAGUCAGAGCUCUUCCGACUGUGGCUUUCCCUGGACGAAUCUAGCAGGACCAAGUACACCAGGAAGGCGUCCCGCUGCCCCGAGCCCUCACUGGGCUUGUUGAAGCCCGACAUCUGCUUCGGCUCGGUGUCUGAGAACUUCCACGGCAUCACGGAGAGUUACCUCCAGAGCGAGGGAAGGAGGGGCCCAGACAGCGUGGACACCCACAGCCUCCGGCAGCUGUUGUACUACAAGUGGCAGCGGGCGCUGUGUGAUCCCGGCGAGGCGGUGGGCCUCCUGGCGGCUCAGUCCAUCGGAGAGCCCUCCACCCAGAUGACCCUCAACACCUUCCACUUUGCCGGCAGAGGGGAGAUGAACGUCACUCUGGGAAUACCCCGACUGAGGGAGAUCCUGAUGGUGGCCAGCUCCAACAUUAAAACUCCCAUGAUGAGCGUCCCGGUGCUGAACACCAAGAAAGCCUUAAAGAGGGCCAAGACGCUCCGCAAGAGACUCACCAGAGUCUGUUUGGCUGAGGUGCUGCAGCGGGUGGAUGUGAUCGAAACUCUUCGGAUCAAUAAUCAUCAAAAGCAGCGGUCGUUCCAAGUAACGUUCCACUUCCUGCCUCCAGAACGUUACUGUGACGAUAAGCUGCUAUCGCCCAAACAGAUCCUCCACUACAUGGAAACUAGCUUCUUCCGUCAGCUGCUCGACUCCAUCAAGAAGCGCAGUGCCAAGCUGGCUUCAAUCGCCGUGGAAACAAGGAAGGCCACCUACAGAGAUAAAGACCAUGAUGGCGAGGGAACAGAUGAGCCAGCAGGGUUGGAUGACGCGGGGGACGAAGUGGAGCGAGAGGUUGUGGACGACCAGGCGAACGAAGGAGACGCUGACGCUACAGACGCCAAGCAGAAAGGCAAACGGGAGGAGGAGGUGGACUACGAGAGCGAGGAAGAGGACGGAGCUGACGAUGCCGAGGAUAUGGAAGACAUGGGGGAGGAAGAGGAGGAGAGGGGGGAGUCGUUGGUGGAGAAAGAGGAGGAGCGUGAAAUGGACGCUGCGAAGGUGUCCCAGCCAAAGUCUGCAAGGCCGAGGGGUAAACGGCCGUGUGGACGGGAAAAAAAAGCAAGAAGUGUGGAAGGAGACGAGACGCUGGAUCAGAUGAGGACCAACUUGGUCCUGGAGUCCAACUCGGCGAUAGAGAAAUACUGCUACGAUCAGGAGCAUGAGCUCUGGUGUGAGGUGUGCCUGGUCCUGCCAGUGAGCAACGUACACUUUGACCUGACUGCGGUUCUUGGGACGCUGGCCCACAACGCCGUCAUCGCGGAGACCAAAGGCUUGACGCGCUGCCUGCUGGGCGAAGCCACGACGAAGCGCGGAGAGAAGGAGACGGUGCUCAACACGGAGGGCAUCAACCUGCACGAAAUGUUCAACCACAGUGAUAUCUUGGACAUCAACAGACUGUACUCCAAUGAGGUUCACGCCAUGGCUAAAACAUAUGGGAUUGAAGUGGGUCUGAAGGUCAUAGAGAAGGAGAUUAAAGACGUCUUUGCCGUCUAUGGUAUCGAGGUGGACCCCAGACAUCUGUCCCUGGUAGCAGAUUACAUGUGUUUUGAAGGCGUGUACAAGCCUCUGAACCGGCACGCCAUCCAAUCCAACUCCUCCCCUUUGCAGCAGAUGACCUUCGAGACCAGCUACAAAUUCCUCAAACAGGCAACCAUGCUGGGUUCACACGACCAGCUGGUAUCUCCAUCAGCCUGCAUCGUUACGGGGAAGGUGGUCAAAGGUGGAACUGGACUGUUUGAGCUGAAGCAACCUCUGCAGUAGAAGACGUUGGGACCAGAGGUCUGGUUGGAUAGAUGUGGCAGAGAAAGACCCUUCACGUGGACGGAUAUGAUCUGAGGGGUUUCCGUUCUGCUAACUCAAAGCCCUGUGACACCCUAUUUCUUUAACGAGUAAAGUGGAAGGAUAGAUUAUAUCAAAUGCUCUUUAUUAUUUGAGGUUUUUAUAGGUUUUACAGUUGAAGCUUUGUGUUUAGCCAAUUGGAUCAAUGAGCAGCUGGUCACUGUAUUCUAUGAAAGGAUGCAUAUCAAGAAGCAGCCCUAUUCUUUUUGUAUUUAAUAAUGUCAUUAAACUUGUAAAUGCGUAUGAAA